AAGGACGAUGGAUGACGCAACCAUUUUGGCGCAUCUCCCUGCCGACCAGCGCGAGGCUGCCGUGAACCAAGCCGAGGGCAAGUUCUGGCCAGCCUUUUUGGCUAAAAAAGAGGCUGAGCAUACCGAGUUUGUCAGAGGGUACGAGAUGGCCCUGACCAAGGCUAAAGUCGAGCUCGGCACGUUGGACGGGCAGCGCGAGGAGCUGACCAAGCUCCGCGAACAGCUCGCUCUGCAGCUCAACCGGGUCGAGAGAGAGCUGGCCCACGUCGUUAGCGAUUACAACAAGAAAGCGAACGAGAGACUUGGGCUGGAGAAGGAAUAUGGGCAGGCUGAGCAAGAGUGGCUGCGACAAAGGGAGAAUCAGAUCAACUCCAUGGUCCGCUGGUUUCAGGACAAGCGAACGGGCAAGGCGACUACUCAGGAUCCGGCUGGCGCGGGCUCUACCAGCAAUCCGACCUUCCUCACAAACCUUGUGGACGCCGACGACCAGCUCAUUGGACCCAUCUACGAGACAGAGCCGUGGAACCAGUGGGUCAAGGCCAUCCUUCACCUGCCCGUCAAGCGCAAUGUCAAGGUUCGCCGCGGGCGCAAGUUUACCACUGACCAUCUCGCCGCCAUCUAUGACCAUACAGAGGCUAAAGGGGUCAAGUGGCUGUCGUGUAUGAUACAAGCCAUUGGCGAGAUACAGGGAAAGAGGUGUCUGUCCUGUAACAAGAACCAGGGUGCUUUUGACGAUUGCAUCAUUAUCGGCACUCCCCUUUUUCAAAAGUGUGGCAACUGUGAGUGGAAUCGCCAGGGCUGCCACGGAGCCGCUCUGGUUGCGGAUGAAGAGAACGCAUCUGCGGGAGCUGCCCGGGAAGAAGGAGCGUCAAAGGAGGUAUUGGACGGGUCAGGGGCAAAUGGAAUCUCGGGGCACAGAGAUGCGCCCCCACAAGAAGACGACGACUCAAAGGGAGGAAUAGGGGCAGACACGUCACGAGAGCCUCCUGAGCAGGCCGAGCGGGAAACCGCCAGUACUACGCCUUUGCCAUACGACCCAGCCAAGCCCGUCGUCCAGGAGAGGCGAGGCCUGCCCACCAGUCGACCAACCUUCCCCCAAAACGAGCAGCUGUUGACUCCCCGAGACCGCCCUGGGCCGAAAGCAUAUCCCUCGACCACGGGAUUCACGCCGGCAAACAUUCCGCCGGGUCGGCCACCGUCGCAGGAUUUCGAGACUCCCACUCCGCGCUCCCUCAAGUCGUCGCCUGGGGCGUCGGAGAGCAUACCGCACCUCCCCAAAAUCACCAAGGAUACACUCGUUCUUAAACACAAAGAUGGCGUGUACACUGAGCCCGAGAUUGUAGCAGGCGUGCCUCUAGAGAAGAUUGAUCCUUCUCAUCCUUACUGGGAGCCCGACUGGCCUAAUCUCGAACAGUUAAUCGAGCCGCUGUUGGCACAUUGUGAAGACGAGCACAAAGUGGCCAUGGCAAAAAGGGGUAGCAAAGAGGAUAAGGCUACCAAGCGAUUCCAGCUGGGGCGACAGGUGAAUCGCGGCAAGGAGAUUAUCAAGUUCCUUGAGGAGGGCGAGAUCAGCCCGUUUCAGCUUCUCAGCAAGAAGUACACAGCGUAUGGUAAAGGCAGCAUUACUUCCUACGACACCCUUUUCCGCCUCUGCCAUGCUCUGCGCGAGCUGAGGCAUUUCCAAGCGAAAGGAAAGAUUGACGUUGAACCCGUCGAGUGGAUGCGCCAUCGUCUGCACGAGCUGUGGGAGGAGCAGGGCAGCGAGUUUAAACCAGCGGAAGCGAUUCGCGGUUUCUACCACGACCCCAAGAUGGCCCAGCUGCGAGAGGAAUGCGGGAUGAAGAACAUUGGUCGACCGCGAGGCUCCCAGGCGCACCAUCGGAGCGGAGCCACACCGGCUGAUGCGCAAUCUGCCCAGAAGCGGAGGCGCCAGAGCUUCCGCUCACCAUCUCGCAAUGGAGAUGAGUAUGAACGGUCGUCGAUGGAGUUCAUGACGGAAAGCGGACGCAAUAGCACGGUGCCGGAGCCCGGACCCGGAUCUCCAGCCUCUGGAGGUCCGGUCACGAAGCGCGCUAGGUCGCUGUCUCCGUCUAUUCGGCCGUACCGAGUCACCAUCGACGACCCCGCCGAGUUUACUGACAAGGACGUCUCAAGCGACACGCCCCUUACGCAAAACGACUUUCGGAUCGACCAGAUCAAGUCGCGACUGUAUACGAGCUCCGCCGGGGUGACGCAGUACCUGCACUGGAUAAAGGACGACAGGCGCCUGGAGCACCAGACCUUGAAAGGGGGAAAUCCUGCCACUUGGCGCGCACUCGACGAGCCCAUUAGCUUUGACGUGCGGCUGGACGACUUGGUCGAGGUGGUCUGGAACCGGCGCGAGCUCAAGGCACACCUCGUUAUGAGUCAACGUAGCACACAGAUCUCACCGCAUAUUGGACCGAGAGGGGAUGUCAUGGCGUCUUUUACGCGUGAGAGAACGCUCAAAAGGCUGAUCAGGGUCCUUGGGGGGAUGGGGGUCAGGACCCUUGAGGGAUCUCCUGAGGAAGUACAGCGCCGCUGGACAGCCAUGCAGUCGGAGAUACUCUCUGAUAAAGACAUGGAGCUCUCGAGCAAGGAGAGCAAGAGGUCGGCCCCUUCGACUGCGCCACAACCUGUCGUAUGGUAG